GAGUGCCUUGUACUCGCGACCAAGGAUGCCAUCAAGGUCGAGCAGCCCGAGGGUUCCCUAGGCGGGCCCAUCCGCGUCCGUGGCAAGCGCGGCCUGUGGGGCGACUGGGCCGAGCGGGAAGCCGGCGGCGAGAUCGCCAACGAGCAGCAACCAGUCGACGAACCUGAGCAUGCCGUAGCUACCUCUGCCACAGUAGCAGUCGAGGCGUAGAAUUAGUCGGCUUUCCUUUGCAUUUGGUUGGUCGUAUGGCAGGCAAGUAAUGAUGAUGGCUUUUCCGUUUCUGUGUAUAGCAGCAGCAUGUUUCUGGGGCAGGCAUCGUUUAGACGAUGCAAUGUUUUUUCUUGGUCGUCACACGACCAAGUGGCGUUUGGCGCUCCGGGAAAGACUGGAGAAGAUACCACACUUUUGGCGGGUUCGGGUCUGGUCGUUUAAAAAUACUCUCUGGGCUUUCCUUUUUGGGAGACGGGGGGAAAGGGCUUACUCUUUGUUUCCUUUCUUCCGGGUUUUCGUUUAUUGUGGGGGUCUGGUUUUUGAGUCGCGAAAUCCUCGGGCGCACGCAUUUAUCUUCUUCGUUCCUCCUAUUCUGCAUAGGGGAUGUUGGUUCCGACUCGCCGUAUUUGUUCGAGAGCAUAGAUGGAUAUCGGUGGGUAGCGAGCGGUCGGUGGUGAUAGCUGAGGACUUCUUGUUAGUAAUUAGCGCCACAGUUUUUGUCUGCGUUGUCACAGGGAGGUAUUGAUGGAGUCUAGCGAGUCUACCUACCUAGCUCUCUAGUUUCGGAGGGAGGGUGGAAAAGAAGAGUAGGAGAGGGAGGACGGCCACGCACUCCCAUUGUAGGAUACCUCUGUAGUACAGCUUAGUACAGUACAUUUGACUCACUUAUGGGCUGCA